GCAACAGUAGACUUAUUCAUAAUGGACUGAUAGACACGCCCCCGGUAUUACUGUGGAUGCUACUUCCACGUCUGGGUGCUCCCGGGAGGUUGUCAGGAAGCCGAGUGAUUGGAAAGUUUUGCUGACCUAUAAAGAUCAUGAAUGGAAAGGUGCUGGUAACGGGAGGUGGUGGAUAUAUCGGCAGUCACUGUGUGCUAGAAUUGCUGGAGGCUGGAUACACUCCUGUAGUCAUUGAUAACUUCCACAAUGCUAUCCGAGGUGCCAACAAUAUACCAGAGAGUUUGCAGCGAGUGCAGGAAAUUGUUGGGAAGACAAUUGAAUUUGAAGAGGUGGAUAUGCUAGACCGUGUUGCUUUGGACAAAUUAUUUAACAAGCACAAAUUCUCAGCAGUCCUACACUUGGCUGGAUUGAAAGCAGUUGGGGAGUCCGUACAGAAACCAUUGCUGUAUUAUAAGGUGAACCUGACUGGCACCAUCCAGCUACUAGAGGUAAUGAAUUCUCAUGGGGUGAAGAAUAUAGUGUUCAGCAGUUCUGCUACUGUAUAUGGUGAUCCCAGUUAUUUACCUAUAGACGAAAGCCAUCCUGUCGGAGGAUGUACCAACCCUUAUGGGAAAACCAAAUAUUUUAUUGAGGAGAUGAUCAAGGACCAAUGCAAGGCUGAAACGGACUGGUGUGCCAUUCUUCUGAGGUAUUUUAACCCAAUUGGAGCUCAUGUAUCAGGAAAAAUUGGAGAGGAUCCCCAAGGAAUACCAAACAACUUGAUGCCAUAUGUUUCACAGGUGGCAGUGGGACGAAGAGAAUUCCUGAAUGUAUUUGGGAAUGAUUACAACACACCAGAUGGAACUGGUGUUCGUGAUUAUAUCCAUAUUGUGGAUCUGGCUAAAGGGCACAUUGCAGCUCUCAAAAAGUUAGAGACCACCAGUGGCUGUAAGGUAUACAACCUGGGAACUGGAACAGGAUAUUCUGUUCUUGAGAUGGUGAAGGCAAUGGAAAAGGCUUCUGGGAAGAAGAUACAACAUAAAAUAGCCCCAAGGAGAGAAGGUGACAUUGCUACAUGCUAUGCAGAUCCUGCACUGGCCAAAGCUGAGUUAGGCUGGAAAGCAGAGUAUGGGCUAGACAGGAUGUGUGAAGAUCUAUGGCGAUGGCAGUCGGAAAAUCCAACAGGUUUCAGCACAGGAUCCUGAUCAUCUCUUGAAGGAUUUUUUUUUUUUUUCAUAUUCUUUUGGGUGUAGAUAAGCCUUAUUUAUAUUUUAGGUGUAAAAGUAGAAAAUGAAAUGUAUAGCACCAUGUGCUUUUAAGAUGGAUUCAAUGAACAGAUCUCUGGUUCUUACACUUUGUGCUUGUCCAGUGCCACAAUGGCCUCAACUCCAACUAAUCCAUUGAACUUCUACUUUGUUGUUCCAAGAUGUACCACAUAGCCUAUUUGUAAUUGUGUUUACCCACAUCAGCCUUAUUGCCUGAUCAUAAAAUUUCAACCUCCCCCAUUUUGCACUUCCCAGUCCCACACUUAUCAAUAAUGGGAAAAUCAAACAUUGCCUGAAACCUUCAGGUUCUAAAAGAAGCUGAGAGUGUAUGUUAUGCAUAUAUUUCAGUGGAAUUAAUCUUUCUAUUAAAUUGUAACCUGAAAAAAAACUCUGCAGCUGUCUCCGAUAACAUUUUCCAAUCUGGUGAAAAAGUCUUUACAAAUCUUGCUAAGACACUUGAGUUGCAGGUUUGUCUUUUUAUUCAAACCAACUUUCUUAAAACUAUUGUUCACAGAUUAAAGGGCCUUUGUCUUGA